AUGGUCGCCGUGGUCGCCGUCGCCGAAAACAGAUGGGAUGUCAACGGCUUCAAUCCAUUUGGAGUACGAGUCCACCUGAGGUUCAAAGAUGCCUACCCAAGUUCAGAGAAAAUCUACCAAGAGGUCAUCUAUGAGCCCACGGGUGAAACAUUGCGCGUGCCCUUCCGACGCAUCCACCUCACAGACGAGGACCCAGGUUGCGACCAUUUGGAUGUGUACGACACUUCUGGUCCUGUUGGGACUUCUCCUCGGGAGGGCUUGCCGAAGCUGCGAAAGGAAUGGGUCCAGCGGCGAGCAGCUGCAGAAGAUGGCACAUGCACUCAAAUGUACUACGCCCAGCAGGGCAUCAUUACCGAAGAGAUGGCUUUCAUUGCUGCGCGUGAGGGUAUGGAACCUGAAUUUGUUCGCUCUGAAGUCGGUCGUGGACGUGCCAUCAUCCCUUCAAAUCGCAAUCAUCCAGAGUCUGAACCAAUGAUCAUUGGCCGGCACUUCAAGGUGAAGAUCAACUCCAACAUUGGCAACUCAGCAGUAGCCUCCACGAUUGAAGAGGAGGUUGAGAAAUUGCAGUGGAGCUCGCUGUGGGGUGCCGACACCCUUAUGGACUUGAGCACUGGAAAGCACAUCCAUGAGACACGUGAGUGGAUCAUUCGAAACAGUGCACUGCCGGUGGGAACUGUGCCCAUCUACCAGGCUUUGGAGAAGGUCGACGGCAUUGCAGAGAAUCUGACAUGGGAGGUCUUCCGCGAGACGCUGAUUGAGCAGGCUGAACAGGGUGUGGACUAUUGGACGAUUCAUGCCGGUGUGUUGCUACGCUUCGUGCCACUCACCGCAAAACGCCUCACUGGUAUUGUCAGCCGUGGUGGUUCCAUUCAUGCCAAACUCUGCAUCUCCAAGCACGAGGAGAAUUUUGCAUAUCAACACUGGGAUGACAUCCUGGACAUUUGCAAGCAAUAUGAUGUGUCCCUCAGCAUCGGGGAUGGACUUCGUCCUGGCUGUAUCAAGGAUGCCAAUGAUGAAGCCCAGUUCAGUGAGCUCAAGGUCCAGGGUGAUUUGACAAUGCGUGCCUGGCAAAAGGGCGUCCAGGUGAUGAACGAAGGACCGGGACAUGUGCCGCUACACAAGAUCCCGGACAACAUGCGGAAACAGCUCGACUGGUGCCACGAGGCACCAUUCUACACCUUGGGGCCUUUGACCACAGACAUUGCCCCCGGCUACGAUCACAUUACGAGUGCCAUCGGUGCCGCCAACAUCGGUGCCAUGGGGACAGCCAUGCUUUGCUACGUGACGCCAAAGGAGCAUUUGGGGCUGCCAAAUCGAGAGGAUGUGAAGGCCGGCAUCAUAGCGUACCGUAUUGCUGCCCACGCAGCCGACUUGGCCAAAGGACAUCCACGGGCACAGGAGUGGGACGAUACUUUGUCCAAGGCUCGAUUCGAGUUCCGCUGGAACGAUCAGUUCAACCUUGCCUUGGAUCCCGUCACCGCCCGCGAGAUGCAUGACGAGACGAUUGCUCAUGAUGCUGGGAAGAACGCGCAUUUCUGCUCGAUGUGUGGCCCGAAGUUUUGCUCCAUGAAGAUCACUGACGAUGUCCGCGCCUAUGCUGCCGAGCGCGGCUAUGCUGAGGAUGAUACCGAGAAAGUCCUCGAGGAGGGAAUGAAAGAGAUGAGCAAGAAGUUCGCUGAAGUUGGGAGUGAGGUCUACUUACCACUCGAGGACCUCAAGGAAAUGUGA